ACUGGAUAUUGGUGUACACUUCAUGUGCCUGAGAGCAGGCUGAAAGCAUUACAGUUUAAACAGGCAGGGUAUAUAUAUGGGCAAGGAAGUGUUCAGUCAGCUCCAGAGGACCAACAAUCCACAACACAAGACUGCAUCUGUCAACCAUGAGGGUCAUCAGCAUCGGUCCAGACCCAUCUCUGACAUAUCGGCCAAAUCUGGAAAAGAAUGAAACCAAAGAGAAGGAAGAAUACAGAAACUUUGAGAGUGGAAGCCUAAUUGACCGUGUGUUCAACACAUACAAGCUGAUGCACACUAACCAGACGGUGGACUUUGUAAAACAAAGGCACUAUGAAUGGACGGGGUGCAACCACACUCGGAUGGGGAUGAUGGACACCAUCAUGUCCCUAGACCAGCUGGUGGACGAGUCUGAUCCUGAUGUGGACUUCCCCAACUCCUUCCACGCCUUCCAGACUGCUGAGGGCAUCCGCCAAGCACACCCAGACAAAGACUGGUUCCAGUUGGUGGGUCUGAUCCAUGAUGUUGGGAAGACAAUGGCUCUUUGGGAUGAACCCCAGUGGGCUGUAGUAGGCGACACCUUCCCAGUGGGCUGCAAGUUUCAAAACUCCAUUGUGUUCAGAGACAGUACCUUCCUGGAUAACCCAGAUGACAAAAAUCCCAGCUACAAAACUGAACAUGGCAUCUAUGAACCAAACUGUGGGCUCGACAGUGUGCUAAUGUCCUGGGGCCAUGAUGAGUAUCUCUACAGAGUUAUGAAGUUCAACAACUGCUCUAUCCCUGAGGAAGGGUUGUACAUGAUUCGCUUCCAUUCAUUCUACCCCUGGCACUCUCACGGAGACUACAUGCAUCUGUGCAAUGACAAAGACCUGCGCAUGCUGCCCUGGGUCCAAGAGUUCAACAAAUUUGACCUCUACACAAAAACCACCGACCUGCCUGACGUCGACAAGCUGAAGCCGUACUACCAGUCUCUGAUUGACAAGUACUGUCCUGGAAUACUGAAUUGGUGAACGAGACAACACAGAUAUGUUGUCAGAAAACAGCUGAUGCCUAUACACACAUAUUACUGAUCACUGAAUAUAUUUCUAUCAACUAUCUACUCAGAAUAUAACCUAAGUAACUGUAUAUCUUACACUGUUAUUAAAGAAACAUAUAUCAUGAUUGUUACACAUUUUCAACAAAAAUAAAUUCCAGAGAAGCCUUUCUA